AUGUCAAUAUCCAACGAGGCGCUACAGAAGCUCCUGAGGGAAGUCGAAUCCCAGGCCAUAGCCGCGCAGCAGCAGAUCAGCCUGGUCCGCACGCAAGUGGCGAGCAAGCAGCGCGAAAUGCGGCUUGCCCAGCUCACUCGCGGCGAGAUCUCGUCGCUGCCGCCCGACACGGCCGUGUAUGAAGGCGUCGGGAAGAUGUUUGUCGCCGUCCCUGUCUCAUCACUGCAGGAGAAGUUGGGUGCGCAAAUCAAAGACAUGGAAACGGAGGUGGACGCAUUGGGGAAGAGACUGCACUACCUGGAGACGACGGCGAAGAACAGCCAAGAGCACAUCGAGAAGAUGCUCAAGGGGGGUGGUGGGCAGUCAUGA